ACUACUGCAGCAGCAGGCCUGCGAGGAGCCACAGGAAGCUGGUGAGCCGCAGAUUGCUCAUUAUCUCCAUGGCUGCUGAUGAGAGCCGACAGGAGCCGAACCUGCCCGAAAGGCGCCAACUCGGGUGUGCGUUCAUGUGUUUACAGAGCAAUACGUCCAGCUGAUUAACACACGCUCAUCGGUUAUUGUCAGCAGUUAAGAACGUCUUCUCUUUACGUCAUCGUUUCCCCCCCAAUUAUGCACAGGGUACAUUGAUGCCGCGUGGACCAGGAUUAUUUUGCCGAGGAGAUCUCUAGUGCUCUCCCCUCCUCCCCACAUCCGCUGUUGUCCUCAACAGCAGACACACGGACUCAUUCAGACUGGGACUUUUUGUCUGGAGCACCAUUGUAAACAGGCGAGGAGCCGUUUUCAUCAAAUAUAACAUCGCUCCAUCAUAGGUUGAAGGUAGGUGUCUGCUCGGUCUCUUUCUCCAUCUCUCGGCUCACGUUUCCAUGUUGUGCGCGUUUGUUUUCGAGCAGAAUGGUGCAAUGCAACGUUUGCACAGCUCUUCCUCAAAUUGCCUUCAGUCAGCAAUGCCUGGGAAUCGUCCAACUGCUCCUCCCUGUUGUUCUCUGAGAUUGGGAUCCUAGUAAACCUCUCUGGGAUUUAGAUCAACUGCUAGCAUGUUGCAGCCUUCCACCAGAACAGGUGACUUCCUGUUGGAAACAUUACCUCAUUGGAGAAAGCGUCCAAGAUGGGUCCUCUCCUUGACCCUUUGCAUGGCUCUCCUCUGGCUUCCAGGGGCGACGGCAUCGAUCCUAAACUGCCACAAGACAUGCAUCUGCGCCUCAAACAUAGUGAGCUGCUCCAAGAUGAAUCUGACCUACGUCCCGAGAGGUAUACCACUUUACACUGCUGUGCUGGAUAUCAGCUACAAUGAGAUAGAAAGGCUGCGAGCUGACUGGACCCCGGCCAAGCUCCCGAAGCUCCAUAACCUCCUACUCAGCCAUAAUGGUCUCAACUUCCUGUCUUCAGAGGCGUUCCUAAAUGUGAAGCACCUACGUUACUUGGACCUGUCCUCAAACAACUUGGAAUUGCUGGACGAGUUCAUCUUUGAACCUUUGGUCAACCUGGAGGUCCUCUUGCUGUAUAAUAACCAAAUUUCCCAGAUUAACCGCGCAGCCUUUAUCACCGUGGUCAAACUUCAGAAGCUCUACCUUAGUCAAAACCAAAUCUCCCGCUUUCCCGCGGAGCUGGUCAAGGAAAAGUCCCGUCUAGAGAACCUUAGUCUGCUGGAUGUGUCCUCAAACAAAAUCAAGAUGCUAGUCGUUGAUGAACUCCAGGAACUGCCUGCCUGGAUUAAAAAUGGCCUCUACUUUCACAAUAACCCUCUGCUGUGUCACUGUGAUCUCUACACACUCCUCGCCCAUUGGUAUAUUCGAAAGCUCAACUCUGCUGUGGAUUUUAAAGAUGAAUACACAUGUAUCCUGCCUGGCCCUCAAAAAACCAAAGUGGGUGUUUUUGAACUCAGCGGUUAUCACAUGAACUGCAGCACAUUCAAGGAGGCAGAUGAAGAGGCAUUUCUGGAGCAGAGGUUGAUUCUUGGCUGUGACACCAAACACAAGGACAUGGUAAAGACCUGGAUAAUGCCCGGUAAUGUCGUGGUGACGCCUGGAAGCAACCAAACCGCCAAAGUCAUUCAAGAUGGUAAGCUGCAGAUUACUUCAGUGAGGAACGAGGAUUCUGGGACGUACACUUGCUUUGCGACAAGCGAGGCCUUCAAUGAAACAAUCUAUGUGGUACUGAAGGUCCACAACUUUACAAUGGAAGGGAUUGGGGACUCCCUGAACACAGCUUACACAACCUUAGUGGGCUGUCUGGCCAGUGUGGUUCUGGUGCUUAUCUAUCUUUACCUGACACCGUGUCGCUGCUUCUGUUGCCCCAACAAAGGAAAGACGCGGGGUGAGGACAGCAUCCACUCGUCCAUGCUCAGUGUGACACCGACCCAUGAGGAACCAACGCUGAAGGCCGAUUUGAACAGGCACGUGGCAUUCAUAGACUCCAAGGACUUGCAGGGCCAAAACGGCAAGCUAAACCCCAAUGGGGAUGGGGAUGAGGAUGAGGAUGAUGAUGAUAUGGAUGCAGAGGCUGGUUCUCUUAUGAAGGGCAAGAGGAAGAAGUCAGUAGCAGAGUCCAUCAGUUCCGUCUUCUCAGACACUCCCAUGGUGGUCUGAGGUGUGAGCGGCAAUGACGAUAGAUGCCACACGACUGGGUGUAUAUGGUACAACAUUAGCCAUGUUUUAGUUCAUAUAAACUGUAACUGUGACCUUGGCGGAGAAAACAAAAGAAGGCUGUUCAUCUGUAUUUGCUGGCACAUGGAAAUAAGGAUUUUAAAGGGAGUUUAAAAAAAAGAACUGUCUUGUCAACAAGUACAAGAAGCAGGACUUUUCCAGCAUUUUAAUCUGUAGCACUUAUUAUUAUAAUAUUCAUACUGUGAAGGAAUGGCAGUGUACAUGAACAUUGGAAACUACUGAAGUCUUAUGAGAGUGAAAUGUAGAUGAUGUAUUGUCAAUAUUAGCUCUCAGGAAGUGAUCCAUUAAACUGCGUGUGGAAAAUACAUAUGAUUCGAUGCACAAGUUGACAUUUGAUUGGAAGUAUACAGUGAACCCAUGGCUGGCUCAUAAUGAUUAUUAUUACAAAGACUAGAAUAGAUUGCAUCUUACCUAAACAUUAGAGCAUAGACCUCUUUAUACCACUCUUCUAUUAACACAGGGAAAGAGACUCAGAAAGGCCACCAGGCUGUGAUACAUCUAUCUUGAGUCAUCUAUAGAGGAACUGCAUGCCAUAAACCCACAUUACAGGUCUCUAACUGAUAUGUAUGAGUAGUUAAAGAAAACGUGCAUUAAUUGGAAGUUUAGUCAUUUGUAUAAAGAAAAAGCAGUAGCAGAUACAUUAAAUUAAGAAGGUAAUUUCACUGUACUUCAUAGCUGAUACCUGCAAUGUACUAAGAUAUAGUUUUUCAGACUGAUCUUUAUUUUGAUUUGAUGUAUAGUCUUAUGUGUAGCGAUGUAGGGGAAAGCAAUUUGGAGGGGUACAUUUACAUAGAGGUAUGGUAUAAACUAGUUAGACAGCUUGAGGCGGAUCAAUGCUUAUGAGAAAAGUGUAUAUGAAACUAGUUGUCCUAACAAAAAAACCCUUACAUAAUGAAAAACGCCUAAAGCAGACACUCAUUAGAUGCAGAGAAUUAAGAGUUUGACCUUAUCUAUUGGCCAAGUUAUAGCCUUUCUUUCUCUCCAUUACACUGGCAGGAAGUGAAAUGCCAAGCUAAAAUGCUUCUAGGUUAAAUUGUUUUUUCCUUCUGAAUGUAAAAUGUGCACCUUACUCAAAAUCCUGAAUAUUAUAAUGUACAUUGCUUAAAAAAUAAAUUAGGAAAACACUGGGAGUAUUCAUAUUAUAAAUUAUGUAGUAGAUUUAAAUAUUCAAUUUUGCAAACCUGCAAGAUUACAAGUGUUUUUUUUCUUGUGAUAGGUAGAACAAUCUGUAUGUUGUAUUAACAGGUAAAGAUGCCAAAUAAUAAAACCUACAGGAAACUUUGAGUAAUGAAGAUGUUACACGAGAGAGAUGAGUUUGAAGCUACUGGAAACAAACUCUUGUAAAACAGGACGCACAUGAUCCUUCAGAAAAUAAAUUCAUCUGUAGAAGAGUGAAUUUUCUAAGCAAGACACCUCAUAUGCUGUGCAUAUUACAAUAACUAGGUUUUAAACAGGCGACAAGAAAGUGGGAUUUAAUUAAACUGUGCGGCGUUUGUGUCGUAAUACAAUGCUAGCCCGGCGUAAAGCUAAUUGCAUCGUUUGAUGUGAUGCGGCUUCCCUCUGCUACCCAUGUCUUUGUCUCUGUGAGCAGGAGGGGAUAGGUGUGUUAUCAUGAGUCACAGCAACACAAAGCCAUUCUCGGUGGCUCCCUGUUCACUGACAGCCUCCAUUCAGCUCAGAAUGUGUUAGCUUUGUUUGUGUACCUCUGUCAUUACAAGGCUGCCCUCGCUGAAGUUCAAAAGCAAUUAUUCAAACAGUCAAUGAAUGGGAUGCCCUUUAAGUAGUCUCUAAUUUGGUUAUGAGGGAAACGCCUGGAGCUUUCAUUAAACAUGUUCUCCACCACUGAGUCGUAUGAUUGGAAAAUAUUAUUAAAUAUAUUAGAACAUGGAAAUAGUAAUUUUUGAAAUCAUUUCUCAGUGCGUUUUAGUUUUCCACUUUAACACCACAGCACAAAUAAUAACAAAUUGGUAUGUAAAUUCACAUACAUAUUGCAAAUAGAUGUCAAAAUAGCUAUCAAAUGGUAAAAUGUCUUGAGCGUAAUAGGUUUUUACGCAAAAUUAAUGUUAUAUUCACGGCUGCAGUGUGCAACUCAGCAUCUUCCGUGAGUGGGCGAGAAAAGGAAGUCACACUUAUCAGAGAGGUGGUGCGUGAAUCAUGCCACUCUCGCACACCAGGUGGAAAAAUAUCAAAUAUACCAUCAGACGCAUUAAAAGGAAGCCACAUUUAGCCCUUCUGCGGGCUGACUGAAAUUGGCAAAUAAUCUUGCUCGCUUUUAAGGAUCGAACACCGGAGUAUUGCCCUCUGUAUUCAAUUGUUCUGUUCCCUUCUUUCUCAUCAUGGGGCCAAUAUAAUACAUCUAGGAAUUAAAUCCCUGGCCACUCAAGGCAGCAUGAGGAUCUACUAAAUGUCACAUAAUCUAAAAUGAUACAGAGAUGGCUGUUGAAUAGCCCACAUUGAACUGGCAGACCAUUUCAUAAAAAAAUGUUUGCCCAGAAAAAAAAGGCAAAUCUAGUUAAAUCUGUUGUAGCCAAUGUCACUCAGAGUACUAGUCGCGUUUGUGUACACAGAAAAACUAAGUGCUAUUGGUAAGGUCUUAGAGGAAUAGAGUGACUUUGUUCUCUCCAAAGCUAAUCUGCCUUCCUAUAAAUAUCUAUAUAUACAGUAUAUAUACAGUUAUAUAUAUAUAUAUAUAUAUAUAUGUAUUAAGACUCACUUUUCUGUGUUCAGUAUUGAUUAGUUGUGUACUGCUAUGUUCUACCAGUGUACUGACUGUAUUCUUGUAUUCUGAUGUUGUUGAUCAUUUUGCAUUUCGUCCGCCGCCGUGCUGCUGUUAAUUGUUUCAAUAUUCAAGUCUGGAUCAUAAGUGUUUAUUUUAAAAGCGGGUGGGUUUUUUUUUUUUUUAAUGACAUAGGAUGUAUUUUACACUUAACUCUGCUUAACAAUAUAGUUAAACAGAAAAUAUAUAUUGAACAUGUAUCAAAAACUAUAGGAGGAGUGCCAGUUUUGAAUUUGUUAAUACAUCUGAAUGGGCAGUGAGUGUGUAGCCGCCAGGUAUUUUCAGUCAGCAUCAUAGAGCCAUGAGGAAUUCAAAGAGAAAGCAGUGCUUUAGAUUGGUGGCUGUGUCAGGUGAUAUAAAGAGCUGUAGGGUUAGUUCUCAACGGGGUGCUUUCCAACAAUUACAGCAACAGCUUUUCUGUCUUUAAGAAGAGGCAAAACAUAUUUUUUAUAAAAGCCACCAAUGUAGAAGCAAAUAAAGAAAUCCAUUAAAAUACACCAAUCUUCAAACACAAUGGGUUUUGAAUGGAUAUGAAGACAAAAGGUGAAUAAAUCUUCUCAGGACCGUUUCUGUGUUCAGUUCUAAUGUAAUAUGAUGCAUGCAUGUUUUCACAUUUGCAGCAUGAAUAGGACAACAUCUUGAGAGUUGUACAGUUCACAGGCCCUUUGCUUUUUUGCAGUAAUGGCACAUUAACUGUUCACUUUUUGAUCACUUAUCAUACAUUAGAGAAUUAGAGAAAGGAGUGGUCUCUGCACGUAAAACAUCUAUCUCUGUUCAUCUGACUGUAGUAGCAAUUACGGAAACAUUCUUUAGGUUGUGGGGGUAAAUCGUGUUCUGCCUUAAAAGUGUGCAACUACAACAGUCCACAGGAAAUGGAUGGAGCUUUUAACAGCAUUAAAAGCAUUGAGUUUAUUGACCACUGCUUCAAAGGUGAGCUGGUGGGUCACUGCCAUAAUAUCGGAAAGGUCUCGCAGCUAAAGUGGAACGGCUUUGCAUGGUUUGCUUAAGAGCUUCUCUGACUGCAGGAUAGGUGCAACCUAGUAGGCAUUAAAGAUCAAGAAUACUGAUCAUUUGACCUAAUAAAAAGA